AUGGUAGAAGGUUGUGGGCAUGUAGACCAGGCCUGUUUACCGAUCAGCUCGUGCGAGCUGCCUCGCGCACCGAUCAGCAGUGAGCAAGCGGCUGGCUCACGGCGAGUAAUGGAAAAGAAAGAGGAAGAGAGGAUCCUGAGCAACCGGCCGCUGAGCAUCGUGAACGACGAGAACAACGGGCAGCUGGAGACGGACUGGCGCCACAGCGAAUUUAUCAACGAGUGCUUGCUGUGGCACAACGUGUACCGCCAGCGCCACAGUGCUCGGCCGCUCGCGCUCUGCCCGCAGCUUUGCAGUUACGCCCAGGCCUGGGCAAACCACUUGGCACACGUGAACACAUUCUACUACCGGACAGACCGCGACAUCGGCCAAAACCUGUUUUGCCGGCCUACUACGACCCUUCAGGCAGAUGUCACAGGUCAGGAAGUAGUAACCUACUGGUAUAGUGCGGUACGCCAGUACAACUACCUCAAGGAGCCUGACAUCCUGCAUGCCAACGUCAAUGCAGGGCACUUCACGCAGCUGGUGUGGGCGUCGACGACGCACGUGGGGCUGGGCAAGGCGCGGUCGCGCUCGGGCAAGGUGCUGGUGGUGGCGCACUACCGGCCGGUGGGCAACGUGUCGGGCCUGUUCCAGCAGAACGUGUUCCCGCCGCUGGCUCUGCCGCAGCCGCAGGCCGAGUCCGGCUCGGCGAGCGAGUCGAGCGCGUCGGCCAACGCCUCGUAG